CUUUCGUUAUUGUUGCCCAAUAAAAAGUUAGGCACGCUCACCUCAAGCAGUGAAGCCCCUUCUAAUUCCUUUCUCCGACUCCAGCAAUAUGGCCGCAACACCUGCUUCUUCUUCUACCCUCGGCGCAACACCCCACGAUUCCCUCGAAAUCGAUGAUUCAAACAUCAAACGCAAACCUGUUACAGAAUCUUCCGAUUCUUCUACUAUAAUAAAGAAACCCAAACUAGAUGCCACACAAAAUCUUGAGGAACACCAACCAAAUUCAAAUUCAAAUUCUGCAAAGGAUGACAACUCUGCGAGCAGCUUUGUUACCAUCGAAGCUGCUGCUGCCGAGGAUAAGGGAUCCAGGCACUCUAUGGAAGACGCUUGGGUUGUACUUCCUGACGCUAAUUUCGACGACUCCGCCAAAUUAAGAUGUGCACACUUUUCAAUAUAUGAUGGACAUGGUGGUCGGCUAGCAGCUGAAUAUGCGCAGAAACAUUUACAUUCUAAUGUUCUCUCAGCAGGAUUAUCACGUGAGUUGUUGGAUGUCAAAGCUACCAAAAAAGCUAUUCUUGAUGGUUUUCGUACAACUGAUGAAGCUCUUCUGCUAGACAGUGCAGCUGGAGGUUGGCAGGAUGGUGCUACAGCUGUAUGUGUAUGGGUAUUGGGACAAACAGUAUUUGUUGCUAACAUUGGAGAUGCAAAGGCAGUGGUAGCGAGAUCUCACAGUGGUGACCAGAAUAACUCAAAUGGUUCAAGUCCUUUGAGGGCCAUUGUUUUGACUAGAGAACACAAAGCUAUAUACCCGCAGGAGCGUGCUCGAAUUCAAAAGGCUGGAGGUUCAGUGAGCACCACUGGACGUUUGCAGGGUCGCCUUGAAGUUUCUAGAGCUUUUGGGGAUCGACAAUUUAAAAAGGUGGGUGUUAUCGCAACACCACACAUCCAAUCGUUUGAUCUCACCGAAAAAGAUCACUUCAUUAUUCUUGGCUGUGAUGGCCUUUGGGGGGUGCUUGGACCUAGUGAUGCUGUUGAUUUUGUGCACAAGCUUUUAAAAGAGAAUGUACCUGUUGCUGCUGUGUGUCGCCGGCUUGUCAGAGAAGCUGUUCUUGAGAGAGGCUGCAAAGAUAACUGCACUGCAGUUGUAAUUGUUUUCAGACGCAAUUAGGCCACACUUCUUUUAGUCAGUGUUUCAGGAAUUAGGCAUAUUGGAUUUAUUCCAGUAAGUUUAAUGAGCUGUGAGGCCUGACAGCAGCGCCUGCAUAUCUAAAUAUGUGCAGGUUUGCAUUUAUGUUGUGCAAUAUGUAUCUUCUCAAAUGACAAAAUUUUAUGGCGUAGGAUGGGAAGGUGUUGUAGCAUCUGUAGUUUGGCCAUACACUACCGUGUGGUGUACGUACAUGAUUUACUCAUUUUGGCUUGUUGAAUGAUAUUAUUUGAUUUGUUGCAUUGGUCUUG